GCGCCUAUAUCAGCGCCUGCGCAGUCGCCCCGCACAGCCCAGACGGCGACAAGAUGGCGGCGCUGCGGGCCAUUCGGGGGAUGGUGAACGGAGCCGUGUCCGAGCUGGGAGGGGGCGGCUCGCGGGAGCAGGCGGCGGCCGUCACCCGCGACUACCUCUCCCAGCCCCGCCUCACGUAUAAGACAGUAUCUGGAGUCAAUGGACCGCUAGUAAUCUUGGAUCAAGUGAAGUUUCCUAGGUAUGCAGAGAUCGUGCACUUGACACUCCCUGACGGAACAAAGAGAAGUGGGCAGGUGCUAGAAGUCAGUGGAUCCAAAGCUGUAGUUCAGGUUUUUGAGGGAACUUCAGGAAUUGAUGCUAAGAAAACUUCUUGUGAAUUUACUGGAGAUAUCCUUCGAACGCCAGUAUCUGAAGAUAUGUUGGGACGUGUGUUUAAUGGAUCAGGAAAGCCCAUAGACAGAGGUCCUAUGGUGUUGGCUGAAGAUUACCUAGAUAUCAUGGGUCAACCAAUCAAUCCCCAGUGUCGAAUUUACCCAGAAGAGAUGAUUCAGACUGGGAUUUCUGCUAUAGAUGGCAUGAACAGCAUUGCCAGGGGACAAAAAAUUCCCAUUUUCUCUGCUGCUGGGUUGCCCCAUAAUGAGAUAGCAGCUCAGAUCUGUCGCCAGGCAGGCUUGGUCAAGAAAUCAAAAGAUGUGAUGGAUUAUAGUGAAGAGAACUUUGCCAUUGUGUUUGCUGCUAUGGGUGUGAACAUGGAAACGGCCCGGUUCUUCAAGUCUGACUUUGAGGAAAAUGGCUCCAUGGACAACGUGUGUCUCUUCUUGAAUUUAGCCAAUGAUCCAACAAUUGAGCGCAUUAUCACGCCUCGUCUUGCUCUAACCACAGCAGAGUUCUUGGCUUACCAGUGUGAGAAGCACGUCUUGGUUAUUCUGACAGAUAUGAGUUCCUACGCAGAAGCUCUGAGAGAGGUCUCGGCAGCUAGAGAAGAAGUGCCAGGCCGGCGUGGGUUUCCCGGUUACAUGUACACCGAUCUGGCUACGAUCUAUGAAAGAGCUGGGCGAGUAGAAGGCAGGAAUGGGUCUAUUACUCAGAUCCCCAUCCUUACAAUGCCCAAUGAUGACAUCACUCACCCCAUCCCUGACUUGACGGGAUACAUUACUGAAGGCCAGAUCUACGUAGACAGGCAGCUGCACAAUAGACAGAUUUACCCACCUAUCAAUGUACUUCCCUCUUUGUCCCGAUUGAUGAAAUCUGCUAUUGGAGAGGGGAUGACCAGGAAGGAUCACGCUGAAGUUUCAAACCAACUGUACGCCUGCUAUGCCAUCGGGAAAGAUGUCCAGGCCAUGAAGGCCGUUGUAGGGGAAGAAGCCCUUACUUCAGAUGAUCUCCUCUAUCUUGAAUUCCUGCAGAAGUUUGAGAGGAACUUCAUUGCUCAGGGGCCCUAUGAAAACCGCACUGUCUAUGAGACGCUGGACAUUGGCUGGCAGCUGCUACGUAUCUUCCCCAAGGAGAUGCUGAAGAGGAUCCCUCAGAGCACCCUGGCAGAGUUCUAUCCCCGAGACUCCACUGCAAAGCACUAGCCACACUUUGAGCUUUGUGAAAUGCUGGGUUUUCUUCCCUUGUGUUGGUGUUUACUUGUCAUCCCUGUAAUUAAACCAAGAAUAAGUGACAUACUUGUGCCAGUGUUCAUGAUGUGUUAAGCUGAUAACAGAGUUUAAAAUACACCCCUUCUCGAGCACCUGGAUCUUGAGUGGUUUACACUAUCCCCUCCUGUCUAUAUAUAUGUGUGUGUGUAUAUAUAUAUUAAAGAGACAGCCUUUAUUUAGUUGGUUGGGAAAGGGUUACUUUAAGCAGUCAGAGGCUGCAGUUGUGUGUCCAUAGAACUGUGAUCUACUGGUCACCUGGGAGAAGGUGAGGGCAGUCUCUGCUCACCCAGGCCAUUCUCAUCCACUCAGAGUUUCUGCCACUCUGUGCUGUUGUGUAGAACUGAUGAUGUUCCUUGCUGGUGGGGUGAGAUGGGUGCACACAACCACACGGGUGUGCAGGUCGGACACUGCUGGUGGCAGCUCCAACCCCAAGAUUUGCUAGCUUCAAUUAUGAUUGAGAAAUUAAACAAUGAUGAAGUUGCAGUGUUUGCAUGCCAGGUGCUGGCCCAGCUACAGGCCCAAGGUUCCUACCUCUUCUGUGAACUUUUCGGGGAAGCCACUGCUGAGGAUGCUGCCAGUUUAAUUGGGCUGUUUUGCUUUCCUUGUCUACACACUUGUGCACACGCAGGCACAAGAAUAUGGAACAGUAGCAAAGUAGAUUCCUCCAGGUUCCCGAGCAGCCACAGCUGGGAAACUACGACUGUGCCCGCAGCCAGUACUUAUCCUGAACAGUGUUAAUGUUGUCUUGAUACGAUGUUGAAUGUAGCCCGGUGCUUUCAGGCUGCAUACCAUAAAAUGGGUCAAAGUUUGGACCAGGUUGGAGAGCAUUGAAUUGUAGUAGAGCUUGGUCCCUUGAGAGUUCUAUAUGGGCUCUUGGGUUAUUAGACCUGUGAUAGGAAGUGGAAAAUGGUGCAGGCAAAUUGAAUGUGUGAAGGGGUAUUUUAAACUCUGUUAUUCAUCAGCCCUUUGGUUGGCAUUGGGCUUUGAACCAUGUCUGACUUUGGGAUUGGGUUUAAACCACCUUCCAGACAAGGGAUUGGCUGCACCAGUGGUUCUCAACCAGGGUUCCUCCAGAUGUCGCUGAACGACAACUCCCAGCAUCCCCGGCUACAAUUUAUUGUGUCUGGUUGGGAACCACUGGGCCCAGCCCAUGGGUUCUCUAACUUGGGUCCACAAUUGUGGUUGGGGAUAGUGGGAGUCAUACUCCAACAUCUGGGGGACCAAUGGGCUAGCCAUAGUAAACUGGGCAGAAAUAGGCAUGUCCGUCACUGGCAGCCAAACCCAUGUAUGGACUCCUGUUUGGGUUCCAAAGCCCAGGGCAAACCAUCUUUUAUGUUGUCAUAUUUGGUUUGCUUUCCAGGCUAUUCCACGGGGCCACUCCCAGCACUCUGGCUCCAGCGCCCCAGGUUUCAAACUGUUUGCGGCCUCUUAGAUCAUGACUGGGAGUUGCUUGGAGAGGCUUGCAUUGACACGGGCCGCCUAGACGGUGCUGGCUUUGGCAUCUCCCCCACCCUGCCAUGCGGCCCUUCGGCUCUCUCCUAUGCAGAUCUUCUUUGUACUGUUUGGUCUGUGUGCUCUGUAACUUGGGUGCCGUAGCCUUUUCUUUACUCUCGCGCAUUCCAUCAAAGUUGUGUCAAUUCUAUUUUUCUCUGGAGAAAGGGAGGGGGGAUGGGGGAUUGGGGAUGGGGAGAUAGCAUGGAAAUAUUUUAAUGUAGAAAAAAUGUGAUACUUAAGUUAAAUAUGAAAAAUAAAUGUUCAACCAAACACUGAUCUCUACAGAGAAGUGGCUUGCUUUCUUUGGGGGCCAUUGUGAUUUGUAAGUUGCCCAUCUGGAUCAUGAUCCAUUGACAAGUAUGGAUUUGGGUAUAAUUGGAUAGCUCCUUGUGGCACUGGCAACCUCUCUCUGCAUGUGCUCUGCACCCAUUAUUUUGGGUGGUUCAGCACCAUUUCCCCUCAGUCCAAGGAGCAUCCUGUUGUAAGAUAUUUUUCCAUCCCCUAAGGGGAAUCGGCCAAUUUGUCCAGUUUCGUUUAGUUUUGGCCUCACUCGGAUCCUGCGGCUUUCACUAGACACAUGCUCAGUACACACAACUCCGAAGACCUCUGGGUUGGGUGGAGGUUCUCUGCGGCCCUCACCAGCUGUAAAACUCUCCAUAAUGCAUAACACAGAUAACUUAUGGUGGCUUAAUACGAACCCAAGAGUCUUGCUGGAUACUAGAGCAUCCUGUUUCCUUCAGUAGCUGACAGGAGCCUCCAGGGAGCAUGAAGGCAAUUGCCUCCCCACCCCCUGUUGGUAUUCAGAGGUUCACUGCUUCUAAUUAUGAAGCUUCCAUUCAGCCAUCCUGACUCAUGGCCACUGGUAGACCUUUGCUCCAUGAAGUCCUUUAACUCUCUUUUAGAGGAAUCUGAGCCAGUGGCUGCCACAACAUCUGCUAGCACAUUGUGCCAUAUGAAGCUGUGUUUCAUUUUGUUCUGAAUUUCCUGCUGGCUAUUUUCACUGGAUAGCCCAGAGAGCUAGCACAGGGGGAGAAAAACGCUCAACACCCCCAUCGCUUUAUAAGCCUUUUUUCUGCACCUAAAAAGCCCUGAAUACUUUAGCCUUUCCUCACCAAGUAAGGGACCCCAGCCCUCUGCUAAUUUUGCUUGCCCUUCCUAUAGCUUUCCCAGCUCCGAGAUCAUCCUUGAGAUGAGGUGACCAGAACCGUAUGCAGUGUUCCAAACACACCCACACCCUGACAAUCCAAUACUGACAUGUGCAAUCCCUUUCCCCAUAUCCCUAAAGAAUCUGCCUUCCUACGCCAUGGAUGCAGCUUAUGCGUGGCUGGUUCUCACUACUGCACUUGGUUAAAAUCCGGACCAUGUUGAGUAUAGCUGAAUCAACUUCUCAUUCAGCAGGGUGACUGCAUUGCUCUUGACUAGAGAUCAUCAACUGCAAUCCCUUGGGCCAAAUCCAGCCCUUGCAUAGGAAUGCCCCCUACUCACUUGCUAACCCAGAGAAUUAUGUGGACAGAAUGGCAUGGAAGUGUCUGUGUAACAUAUGGACAGUCUGUGGGGAGGUGGGGAGUAAAGAACCUAGGCCUCCAUCUUGUAAAACUAAUGGCCAAGCAGGAGUUUAGAACAAGAUUACACUAUUUCCUGUUAUACUUGAGCUGUUGGAAGAAUGUGGCUAGAGUAGAACAGUUGCUAUUUCAGUCCUUCUGAACAGUUACAGUGGGAGGAGAGCUGGUCUUGUGUAGCAAUCAUGAAUGGUUCCCUUUGCUAAGCAGGGUCUGCCCUGGCUUGCAUAUGAAUGGGAGACUUGAUGUGUGAGCACUGUAAAUAUUCCCCUCGGGAUGGAGCCACUAGAGCAGAAGGUUCCAAGUUCUUUCCCUGGCAGCAUCUCCAAGAUAGGGCUGAAAGAGAUUCCUGCCUGAAACCUGGGAGCAGCCGCUGCCAGUCUGUGUAGACAAUACUGAGCUAGAUGGACCGAUGGUCUGACUCAGUAUAUGGCAGCAGGGCCCACUCUUCCAUGAGGAAACUGCUUCAGGGGCCAACUGCGCCACAGAACAGCAAGUUCAGGCUGUUUGAGGUGUUGACUAUGAAGUCGCUCCUGGCAUAUUGCUAGAUAUAGGGGAGGUGUUCUUCUGGUGGCUGAACAUGCAGCACUAGAAAUGAACUUGCACAGGUGCUGUAAGGGUAUCCCUGGUUCCAUCCCUCCCUUUGGAUGAGGGGAAUCUUUGGUUAAGUUGAACAGUUGGAAGCCUGUAUCAUUUUUAACUGGCGAGCAGGAUUUCCACAGUCCUAGAUGCUGGAUUUAGAAGCUCUGCUAAAGUGGGUCACUUCUGAAAAUAAAAGGGGAGGGAGCGAAGGGUCUUUAGUCUGCAGCUGUCCAAGUGCUGUCCCACAACAGGCCACAUGGCUGCACUGUUUCCUUCUCAUUCAUGCUUGCUUAAUCCGGUUGCUGAGCAAGACUAUGCAACCACAAUGAAUCCCUGGGCUCUGUAUCCAAAUAUAUUAGUAGCCAGAGGACUAGCGAAAGCACUGCCUGCUGAUCCUCAAGGAGCCUUUCUAGAAGAGUGCCUGCCUGCUUGCAUGCAGAAGGUUUCAAGUUCCCUCCCUGGCAUCUCUAAGAUAAGGGCUGAGAGAAAGACUCCUGCCUGCUGCCAGUCUUGGAGAAGCCGCUGCCAGUCUGGGCUGCCCAGGGCUGCUCAGCUUCGGCCCUCCUGCAGAUGUUGGCCUACAAUUCCCAUAAUCCCUGGCGACUGGCCACUGGCAGGGAUUCUGGGAGUUGUAGUCCAAAAACAGCAGGUGGGGGUGCAACACUGAACAGGCCUGGUGUAGACCAGGGAUUCUCAACAUUGGGUUCCCAGAUGUCAUUGGAUUUCAGCUCCCUUAAUCCCCAGCCCCAGUGGCCUUUGGUUGGGAGUUAUGAGAGUCCAAUAACAUUUGGGGACCUAACACUGAGAAUCCCUGGUGUAGUAGACAAUAUUGAGCUAGAUGGACCAAUGAUCUGACUCAGUAGAAGGCAGCUUCCUGUAUUCCUAAAUCUGUGUCCCCCAGCUUCUCCAUUCAGCCUCUCCCAAAAUCUGUUCUACUCUGAGUUCCUUUGUUCUCUCAGAUACACACACACACACACAGGAGGUGAGGGUGAGUCAUGCUCUGAUGGCUUCCCCACUCCCAAUGCACCAGAGUGACCCCUCGACCAUUAGCUCACAUUACGGCUCAUCAGCUGGCCUCCUGAUGUACCAGCCUAACAAAGCCAUCACUAGCCUGUAUCCAUGCCCCUGCACUCAUUACCGUAUUUCUUUUAAUCAUGUCUCUGUAAUCUCCCACCACCACUGUGGAGGUAAUUGCAGCUUUGGGAAGCAGUUCUGAUCAGAACGUGACAUGAGUGGGAAGGGGUUAGAUACUGCCUUCCCCAGCACUACUGAUUAAAAUCCCUGCAGCUGUUUUAACUGAAAGGAAUGUAUUGGAGAAUCUGACACUGAUUCUUCCAUGCAGGGCCAGCCUGUCCAUGAGGCAUCCUGAGCCAGUGCCCUCAGGUGGCAGAUUGCUUGGGGGCGGUAAUGAAAUCCACCUCUGUUAUCCAUCUCCCCCACACCCAUCCAUGUGCUCCCUGGAUUCAGAAAGGAAGAGAGGAAAGGGGUGGGAGAGGAGAUGUGGAUGAAUGCAACUGGUGGCCCAUGAGCAUGGGAAGAGGGCCGCAGGAGCAAGAGGUAGAGGAGAAGCAGUCGCUCUCCAUGAGUUGCUGGCUAGCAGAAGUUAGGAGGAGAGCUGGUCUUCCAGAAGCAAGCAUAAAUUGUUUUUGCUAAGUAGGUUCUGCCUUGGUUUUACAUUUGAGUGGGAGGCUACAUGUGUGAGCACUGUAAGAUAUUCCCCUUGGGGUAUGGGGCUGUUCUGCGGAAAGCAUCUUCUGCUUGCAUGGAUGCAGAAGGUUCCAAGUUUCUUUCCUGGCAUCUCCAGAUAGGGUCGGGAGAGACUCCUGCCUGCAACCUUGGAGAAGCUGCUGCCAGUCUGUGUAGGCAAUACGGGGCUAGAUGGACUCAGCACGACACAGCUUCCUAUAUUCUUCCUUCCUAUAUUGCACCCCAAAUCAUUGCAGGGUGCAGGGACAUCUGCAUUUGGAACCUCACUUCAGGCACAAACUGGUCUUGGGCUGGUCAUGCUUUGACAUCACAAUGGUUUUGGUCCUGAGCAGAGAUUUGAGCUGGUGCACUGCCCACUCUAUUUAUUUAUUUAUUAUUGGCCACAUUUCAAUACCGCCCUAUCCGUUCAGUGGUUCUGUACAAGAAUCAAGAACGUUCUUUCACCCUGGGAUGUCGGUUCUAACAGCUCUGAUUGAACUGACUCAAGAAAGCAAUUCUAAGGAAAGUGGUCUGUAGGGAGGCUCUUUCAUGAAGCAAUACAAGGCAGUUGCCUCAGGGGGCAGAUUAGGCUGGCAUGAUGCCCGCGCAGGGGUCACCAUUGGAGCAGAUCUGACGCUCUUGAGGAGCGCCACUCCUUGCAAAGUUUGCAAGAAGCUGUGCAGAGAGAGAAGAGGAGGCUGCUAGCAAACUUCCCUCCUCCUGGCUCCGUGACCACUUUCAAAACUUGCAAGGGUUGGUUCGGAAAGGGGACCAGCCCUGCUCGGGGCAUGAGGGAAGGCAGGAUUUGGCACCUGGCUGCAGGCACCACAAUAACUUGGGCCACUCUGCUGGUCUGAGCCUGUGAAUAGAUGAGUGUAUUGUUUCCUGUGCCCAUCGCAAAGGAGCAGGACAGGAAGAGACAGGGCAAAUCCGUCACAGCAAACCAUACGCUGCCUUCUUUUCUCCCUGUUGCGAACAUAAGAAGCUGCCUUCUACUGAGCCAGACCAUAGCUCCAUCUCGCUCAGUACUGUCUACACGGACUGGCAGCGGCUUCUCCAAGGUUUUAGGCAGACGUCUCUCUCAGUCAUAUCUUGGAGAUGCUACCAGGGAAGGAACUUGGAACCUCAUGCAUGCAUGCAUGCAAGCAUGCAGGUGCUCUUCCCAAAGCAGCUCCAUCCCCUAAGGGGACUAUCUUACAGUGCUCCCACUCAAAUGCAAACCAGGGCAGACCCUGCUUAGCAAAGUGGACAAGUCAUGCUUGCAACCACAAGACCAGCUCUCCUCCCAAGAGCUGCUCCUCCUCUUCUUCAGUGGUGGGGCCUGAAAGCGAGUGGCGGUGGUGGGAUGUCCUCCGCCCCCCAUGACCCACAAAACUGCAACACUGGAGACUGAGGAAGCCCCACUCGGGCUGCAAUUAAAAGCGCCUCCAGUUCCCAAAGAUGAAUUAUUUAGACAAAUGCUGUAGCAACUCGGCUGAAUUAUGCAGAGGGACUCAGGGCUGCUGCUGGCCAAUGAAGCAGAAGCACUUGGUGCGAAGCUGUGCAUGGAAGAAUCCUGCAGGAAAGCCAGCCCAUUGCAAAUGAUGGGGGGAACAGCGGGGCCCACGAUUCCUAGCAAGGGGCACCCUCCACAGCAGAGCCAUAUUUGCAUGAGGGUCCUUUCCAGAGCAUUGGAUGCAUCGGGGGGGGGGGGGGCUGGCUGUACAGCCAAUAGGAGCACUAAACUUGAAGGGAGGAGGAUCACAUCCAUGGCUGGAACUAGAUUCCAUGGCAGCAGAUCCAGUUCCUCAAAUACAGAAGGACAGCAGAGUGUGUUGGCUCCCCUGCUGUGGCUUUUCCCAGGGUGGUGCUUGAUCAGACCUCUCUGUUUUGAAAACAACAACAGCAACCGAGAAAUUGCUCUGGCCACAUAGGCAAGCCUCUUGGGCAGAGGUAAAGUAAAGUGUGGCGUCGAGUCGGUGCCGAGCUGGUCUGGUGGCAGCAAGCAUGACUUGUCCCCUUAGCUAAGUAGGGUCUGCCCCGAUUGCAUAUGAAUGGGAGACUAGAAAUGUGAGCACUGGAAGAUCUCCCCCUUAGGAGAUGGGGCCACUCUGGGAAGAGCAUCUAGGUUCCAAGUUCCCUCCCUGGCAGCAUCUCCACGAUAGGGUUGAGAGAUUCCUGCCUGCAACCUUGGAGAAGCCUCUGCCAGUCUGUGUGGAGAGUACUGAGCUGUAGAGAUUAACACGUCUGGAAAUCAGAUUAAAAUAAAGCGAUGCUGAAGGACCACUGGACGAGAUCGCAUUUUGAUCUUUUCCAAACUAUAAUUCUGUGAACUGAUGUGGUGGAUGGGGGCGGCGGCAGGGAGCUGCUCCUGUCUCUGGCAACUUUCCUCCCGCUCCAGCGAGCAGAGCACUGGGCGAGGCUGUUCCGGGCCAGCUGUGCAACAGCAGGAGCUGGAGGGCUUCGUGAGAGGAGCCAGGCAGGCAGGCAGGCAGGCCGGGCUGAGCUGACAGCCUGACAAGAGGCCGUUCCCCCCCCCCCACACCAUUUCGCAGCCUCUCGCAGGCGCGCCGUGACAUGUGUGGGUGGCGGCAAUUAGGAGCUCUGAUGAGCUAUUUCAGAGGAGACAAAAUAAUCUCAGGGUUCUGCAGAAGUGGAACGAAAUGCACUCCUGGGGAGAAGACGGAUCUGCGAGGCACCUGGUCACUGCAGAGGGGGAGGCAAGAGAUGCAGCAAGCUGCUGCUGCUGAGGUCCCCUUUGGUGGCCAGAGUUGCCAUGCACCCCCCCCCCCACACACACACACAGGGCUGUCCUUAGGGCAGGGCAAGCAGAGCGACCAUCUCUUUUAACCCCCGUUAGAAUUAACUGGAAGGGGGCCCCGCACUGGCUGAUUUCCCCCGGGCCUCGCCCCCCGCCAGGGCUCUCCAAGGAGAGCCCUGCCCUCGGAAUUCUGGGUUUCACCCGGAUUUUAGACAUCUCACCCAGAUGGCUUAGCCCACCUGGAUUCGCCCGGAUUUCAGCUUUCAUUUUUUUUAAAAAAAAAGCUAGGCUCUAGUCUUUGUAGAAGCAGAGUUAUGGAGCAAAACGUGCAGUCCCUAUUGUGCUCAGAAAUGAUUUUCCAGCCAAUUUACAUACUAUGCAAAUUAGGCACCCAGAUUUGGAAAGCCAGAAUAGGGCAACCCUACCCUUCGGGGACACAGUGAGCCUGCCUCGUUGGGGUAGAUCCAGGAUCUGCUCCAGCAUCCUCUGCUUUCCCUGGAUUCUGCUGUAAGAUCAGCGUCCGUGCUCUGAGGUCUUCCACCAUGUAGAGUACACAGUAGUGGCUCACUUCCUCUGUGCACCUUACACAGGGUACCAAAUGCUGGCAACCCUCAUCCUCCUCUUCUUAUUCUUCUUUCCAAGCUGCGGCAGCAGUAACUGAACAUCGACUCCCCUUUCCACAGAGUACGGGAGACACCCUGCAAAGCAUCUCCAGAACUCUACUGUCCUUUGCUCACUUCCUCUUUUGUUUCCUCCCCCUUUUUAUAACCAGCCCAGUGGGGCACAAGGGAGGAGGAGGAGGUUGAGGCUGAGGAGUUGAGCAGUAAUGCUGGCAGCGAGGAGGAGGAGCUCUAAUGGCCUGAGGCAGCAGAGGGAGGCAGGUGAGGUGGUGGGGGAGCAGGGACAUCUUUGCCAGUGCCCCACCAGUGCUCUAAGAAUCCACCACUUGAGUCAACUACCUCUCUAUGCCUCAUGGAAGGACUGCCCCGAGACUUCUGUGUCUUCCUUUGCUCCUGAUGUUCAAAUGGUUGACUAAGGCUGUUCCUUUUCAAAACGAGGUUCUCUGCUUGGAGACUUGCUCGCUUAGAUCCUCCUUCUGCUGUUUUGGAUGGCCAGUUUAAGGGGAUACUGCUUAGGAACCGGUUAUGUCCAUGUGGUCUGGGUGAUAAUGAGUCCGUCCUACACAUUCUCUCACACUGUGCAUCCUGUAGGGACAUUCAUACUAUCUGGAUUGAACCAUUCUUUUAAAAUAGGCCAGGUCGAUCAGAAGAGUAUUACAUCUCCUAUCUCUUGGCAGAUCAACAUGCAGUUGUAACAGCAGGGACAGCAAGAUGCUGUGCAGCAGCCUGUGCGGGAACAAUUGAUUAACUGUAACUGAGAUUUUUGUAUCCCUUGAUGCUUUGUUAUUUAGUUUGAUUUGAUUUCAGUUUUGUUCUAUGCUGAUUUGUAUUUUGGUGUGUAUGUUGACUGGUCAUUGGACAUAAUAAUAAAUUAUUUGCUUGCUUGGA